ACAUUUUCACGAAUCUGUCUCAUACUGUGUCGACAUCAUUUUUGUUAGCUGCAGAUAAAGUAGUUAAAAAUGGUCACCACAAAGUUGAAGGCAAAGCUCUGAGUGUUUCUCUCUAUGUGCCGCCUGUACCUCCGCCAUCUUAUGAGAACAAGAUUCUGAUAAAAGGGUUAAAACCAACCACAACCCAGGACUGUUUGUUCAACUUCAUAGAGGCAAAAACAGGAUAUAACCCAGAGACCAUGGACUGCCAUGCAGAGCAAGAAGAUAUAGUCAUGGUUACUUUUACAGACAAUCCAGAUUUCCAGGAACUUGAGAAAGUAUUCAGAGAAACUAAAUUGGAAGGAGCCAUACUGAAGGUUUGUCCUGUACCAAUUUCAAACUGUUUAAUUGUCGCUAACCUUGCCUCUGAUGUUACCGAAGACACUGUUAGCUUCUACUUUGAAAAUAAAAGAAAAAGUGGUGGAGGACAAGUUGACAAGGUGGUGAUGAAUGAGGAUGAUACAUGCCUUGUAUAUUUUGCGGACCACACAAUUAUUGACAGAGUGAUUAAUAGGAAACACGUGUUGAGUAAAACACAGUUAGAUUUGAAAGGAUACCAGGAAUGUCUAGGACGCCCUGAAGGAGAAGAAGUCGAAAGGAAACUAAAUGUACCUUAUCCACUGAAGAUGAAAGAUGUAUGUCCUCACAAAUUGAAAUUGCUUAACAAAUCUAAACUUCAUCGAGAAGCUCUUGAGAAACAAAUGUUGAGUGGCCAUGCGAGUGUGGUAUUGCCUACAGAUGGCGGGGACGUUACGUUUGAGUGUACUUUAACAAAAGAUGUGCAUGACUGUUUUAAACUUGUUAAAACUUGGAAAAAGGAGACAGAGGAAAGGUUUGACCACUUCAUGAACGCAAUCACUGUCUGUCAGAUAAGUGUUUUGCAAGACAUUUGGGACAAGGUAAUGGAACAAUUGAAGUCCGUGUCAGUUACCAGUCCAGACGCUGUUGCAGUGUUUCCAGAUAGGAAUGGCGGCUUGGUAACAGUUGUUGGAAACAGACAACCUGCCGAAAGUCUUGCAAAGAACAUACGUGAGAUUUUACAGAAAGUAAUAGAAGAAGCUGAAGUGGAACGACAGAAGGUUACGGAGAUUUAUAGGAGUUUAAAACCUAUUGAAGCAAGAAUGCUUCUUAUGGGCAAAUUUCCUACUCAGAUGGAAGAAAUAUUUCCGGGAAUAAAAGUAAAAAUCAAUCACACUAAACAUGAAAUAGUGUUUGAAGGGUCCCGAAGAAAUGUAAGUGAUGCUAAAUUAAAAAUGCAUGAAAUUAAGAGCGAUUUUGCACAAAAGUCUAUAGAAAACAUAUCAACACUUUCCGCUGGACUUUUUAAAGCUACACAGACAAAGGACUAUAUUGUGAAAAAAAUGAAAGAUAAGUCGGUGACAGGAGUAUGGGAAAUACACGGACAAACACUGAUAAUAUUCAGUUCAUCAGAAAAAACAAUUAAUCACUGUGUUAGUAUCAUCCACCAGUCAGUAAUUGAAACUAACAUAGGGUUAACAAAAGCAUCUGCGUCUGUUGUGAAUUCAGAGGCCUGGCAAUAUAAGGUAAAAGAAUGGCACUCUCUGUAUGCUGGAAAGGCACACAUUGCUGUUGAUGAUUUUAUGGCUAAGGUUGCGAUUUGUUCUACAGAUGAUGUAGCAAACGAACUUUUACUUUCUGUGAAGAAAUUUUUGCGUUGCAAUACAGUAUUGGAAGAAAACGUUUUAUGUACCAAAGGUUUACAAAGACUGAUAGAAAAGAAUCACAAAAAUGAAAUCAGCGAAAUUUGCAAAACUUUACAGAGUUACCAUGUAAAGAUAACCACAGAGGAACAUAGUGGAUAUAAAAUAUGCGGCACUGAAGACGGAAUGACAAAGUCAAAGGAAGCACUGCGUGUAUUAUUUGACAAAAUAAAGAGAAAAGAUCACACAGUAGUUAAACCAGGUUUAGCUGAAUAUAUGAAAACUUCAAGAGGAAAGGACAGUUUAGAUACCAUAGAAAGCAUCAUGCCUUGUGUAAUAUCGAUCAAAGACGAAUUGGGCGAAGAGCAGAUGUCCAGUAAUCUGUAUGAUAUUGACCCUGCAAGCAAUGGGAAAAAAAAUAGGAAGAUAAAAGUGAAAGCUAUAUGUAAAGCGUAUAGAAACAAGAUUGUGCACACAGCUAUUGGUGACAUGACUGAAAUGACAGCGCAAGUUCUCGUUAAUGCUGCUGAUAAAACAUUAAGUCUCAGUAGGGGACUUGGAAAGGCUAUGGUUUUGAAAGGUGGAGGGGAAAUAGAAAAGGCAUGUCAAGAGUACAUCCAGGCAGAGGGGAAACUUUAUGAAGAUGAAGCAUUUAUUUGCACUGCUGGAAACCUGUAUGCAGAUUACAUUGUUCAUGUAUUAGAACCGGCUUGGAAAGGUGGACGUAACAAUGAGAAAAAAGUGUUGAAGGAGACUGUUUUGAAUUGUAUGCAUCAAGCAUCUACAUAUCGUGCCACAUCAAUGGCUAUACCAGCAAUUGGCUGCGGUCAACAUGGGUACCCAGUAAAACAUGCUACAUCAACAAUAGUACAAGCCAUUAGUAAAUUCUUUCGAGAAAAUCACGAGAGUCAGCUUACAGACAUUUAUUUGUGUGAUGUGAAAUCUGACACAGUCGACUUUUUCAAUGAAGCCUUAAAAGAGGAAUUUGGUAAUAUACAUAUUCAGGCGGAGUCUGAGGACGAAGAUUAUGAAACUGUUUCAGACAGAUCUCAGGAGUCAAAUUACCAGUGUGCACCACCUGUGCCCAAAGCAAGACCGCCAAAAAGAAAACCAGGGUCUGACAGUUAUCUAGUAAACAUUGGGAAUAUUUCCAUUAUAUUGAAAAAGGAGGAAAUUGCAAAAGAAAAAGUUGAUGUGAUUGUGAACACAACAGCAAAGAAUCUUGACUUGAAAAAUGGAGCAGUAUCAUCAUCAUUAUUAAAAUUUGGUGGACAGAACUUACAGAUGGAAGUUUCAACAAACUACCCAGAUGGUAUAAACUUCGGAGAAAUAGCCGUUUCAGCUGGACAUACGUUGAAAUGUUUGCAAGUGUUUCAUACAACACUGUCAAAUUACGAUGCAAAUAACGCUACUGCGUGUUGUGAUGCAAUACACAAGUUAGUGACCAACUGUUUAGCUGAAGCACAGAGACAGAAUCAAACAAGUAUAGCUUUUCCAGCAAUUGGUACAGGGAAUCUGGGGUUUCCCAAAGAUGUAGUGGCAAGAGAAAUGUUUAAAGCAGUCUCAAAAUUCAGCGCAGCAAAUCCUAAUUCUUCUGUCAAAGACGUUAGGUUUAUUGUUUACCAAAAGGACUGGACAACAAUUAAGGCGUUUGAGGCUGAACAAGCACGAUGGUCCUCGGGAGAAUACAAAAGUGCUCGACAAUCCAGAAAAUUAGAUCCAAUUUAUGAACGACUUCAGAGUAGGAAGACUGAUUCAGGAGCAGACAGUGAGCACGAAUAUGACUUUUUACCAGAUAGUGGAGAAAGUGCCUAUGUAAACCUGAAAGUGACUGUGAAACAAGGGGACAUUACUAAAGAGGAUUCAGACUGUAUUGUCAACAGCUCUAAUGACACGCUUGACUUAAAUAGAGGGGCUGUGUCUAAAGCCCUUUUAAAGAGAGGAGGAGCUGCUCUUGCAAGUGAAAUCCAGAGCAAAAGAGAUACUAUGAGAAAGAAACAUUUGGUAUGGACAUCAGCUCAUGGGAUUCCAUGUAAACACAUCGUUCAUGUAGUUGCGCAGGACAACAAUAAAGGAUGGAAGUCAAUCAUUGAGAGAUGUCUCCAUGAAGCAGAGAAAAAAAAGCUGAAAAGUAUUGCCUUUCCAGCACUUGGAACAGGCUUCCAGUCUGACCCCAAAGAAAUGGCUGAUGUUAUGACAUGCGCCUUCGUAGACUUUGACAAGACUAAACCAGCAUUCUUGAAAGAAGUGCGUAUUGUAGUUUUUCAACAAGGUAUGGUGCAGGAUUUCAAGAGAGUUCUUUUGACAGAUGCAAAACAAGGUUCUGGAAUUUUGAACGCAAUCUACAACGGUAUGAAAGGAUUAUUUGGUGGUGGCAAGGACAGUUCAUAUGCAGAGGCCAGUAUAGGCACAAAGAAAAAACCACAAAAUCGCGAUUCUGUUACAUUUGAGAUAUUGUCAAUGAAUAACAAUGUGAUUCAAGAAGCCAUUAAAAGACUGGAAGGAUGUUUGGAAAGAGAGAUUCACAAGAAGGAAUUUAAGGAGAGCAUUAUCAGCCGCAUGGAUCCAAACUAUAUAGCAGAAAUAGAAGCCAUUGCAAAAGAAAGCAAUGUCCAAAUAAACACUGAUGUGACAUCAGGGAAGAUACAGAUAACUGGCUUAGCUGAAAACUUGAUGAAUGCCUCAGACAAGAUCCAUGGAAUCAUGCGUGAUGCUGCUACACAGGAAAAGCAAAGAGAAACCGCAGAAAUUAUGAGCUGUUUAGUGCAGUGGUUCUACAUAGAAAUAACGGAGGAAUGUGGACAAAAACUGGUGGAAUAUGACAAAACACUUAACUUCAAGAUAGAAAAUGCGUUUAAGCUGCAAGAACCUACAUAUUCUUUUGUUGCUGAUGAUAAGAGGAAAUACAUCCUUGACUUCAAGAAGAUGGAAGAGUAUGCAGCAGAUAACAUUGAAGAUACUGUUAAUGUUAUAAGGAGAGAUCUGCUUAAAGAAGGUGCAAGUGAUACGCCCGCGUCUUGGGGAGAAUUUAAAGGAAACCUUAAAGUGGUGAACUUACCAAACACAGAUCCCGAAUACCAGGAUAUUUAUCAGAAGUUCCAGGCAACUGCUGUUAGUCAAAUCAGUCAGAUUCACCGAGUUCAGAAUAAAACAUUAUGGAAUCAGUACAAUACUAAGAAGAAACAACUGGAAGGUCAAAAUCCGCCAAACACGCAAAAUGAGAAUUUUCUAUGGCAUGGUACAGCAGAAGAAGCAGUAGACAGUAUUAAUGCUCAUGGAUUUAACAGGAGCUAUUGCGGCAAGAAUGCGACUGCUUAUGGAAAUGGAGUAUAUUUUGCUGUUCAAGCUGCCUAUUCUUGUGGUGACACAUACUCAAGGCCAGAUAGUAGUGGAAUGAAACGAAUGUACUACUGUCGUGUACUGACAGGUGAAUAUACGACAGGUCAAAGUGGAAUGAGGGUGCCGCCUGCAAAACCGUCAGGUGGGAGUAACGCCAUUUAUGACUCUGUCGUGGAUAAUGUGAAUACACCAGGGAUGUACAUCAUCUUCAACGAUACCCAGGCUUAUCCUGAAUAUCUGGUUACAUUUUCCCCUUAAUAUUUAAAUCACAUAUAUGUGUAUUAAGGAGUGAAAGGAUUCUAUUUUACUAGCCAUAGAAUAAAAAGAGGUCUUUAAGUAAAUGGUUUACAGUAUAAACAAGCUGCUCUAUUGCUUUAUAGGAUAAAUAUAAGAAUAUAACAAUAUUACAUGAGUGUGAAAAAAUGUUGAUGUACCAGUGAUUCUAAAUAUUUUUUCUACUGUUAUUUGUGAAUGUUUUAUGAUAAUAUUAUUUAUUGUGUGUUUAAAAGGACGUAUGUUAAUGGAUGGUACCUAGAGUAAAAUUACAUUUGGUAUUUUUUUCUUUUGAAAACUUGAUGAUGGAAUACCUCAACACUAUAAUGAUUUAGCUUCAUUACUUCAUUUUUAUACGAAAUUGCAAUAUUUAAUCCGAAAUAUUUUGUUUUACUUGGAAAAAUUAUGCCAGUGAGCGGUAUCUCUAAAGGAACAUUUAUAUAUCUGGAAAAAAAUAUUUAUAUCCAGAAUGUCUUCUACAUGUUUUGGUUAUGAUUCAGACAAAAAGAACUAAACGCCGUUUAGAGGUCAAAGGUCAACAGGGAUUUUUUCCUGUCCGGUCCAUAACUCUGCCAUCCAUGAAGGGAUUAUAAUAUUACUUGGCACAAAUGUACCUCAUAAUAAUACGAUGUGUCAUGCACAACUUUCAGACCCCUACCUCAAAGGUCAUGGUCACACUUGGCAGUCAAAUUUUAACAUGGCAUGAACAGGGUCUGUUUCCUGUCCGGUCCAUAACUCUGUCAUCCUUUAAGGGAUUUCAAUAUUACUUGGUACAAAUGUUCCCCAUGAUGAGACGACGUGUCAUGCGCAAAGUUUGGACCCCAAGCUGAAAGGUCAAGGUCACAAUUUGAGGUCAAAGGUCAAUAGGUUUUUUUUCCUGUCCGGUCUAUAACUCUGUCAUCCAUGAAGGGAUUUUGAUAUUACUUGGCACAAAUGUACCUCAUAAUAAGUCGAUGUGUCAUGCAUAACUUUUAGACCCCUACCUCAAAGGUCAAGGUCACACUUGGCAGUCAAAUAUUAACAUGGCGUGAACAAGGUCUGUUUCGUGUCUGGUCCAUAACUCUGCCAUCCAUGAAGGUAUUUUAAUAUUAUUUGGCACAAAUGUUCCCCAUGAUGAGAUGACGUGUCAUGCGCAAAACCCUGACCCCUAGCUCAAAGGUCAAGGUCACAAUUUGAGGUCAAAGGUCAGUAGUGUUUAUUCCUGUCCGGUCCAGAACUCUGACAUCCAUCAAGGUAUUUUAAUAUUACUUGGCAUAAAGGUUCCCCAUGAUGAAAUGCCGUGUCCUGCGCAACAUCCAGAACCCUAGCUUAAAGGUCAAGGUCACACUUGGAGAUCAAAGGUUAAUGGGACAUUUUUCCUGUCCGGUGUAUAACUUUGUCAUGCAAAACUGGAUUUGAAUAUUACUUGGCAUAAAUGUUCACCACUAUAAGAGGGAGUGUCAUGCACAAGAACCUGGUCCCUAGGUCGAAGGUCAAGGUCACACACAGAUGCCAAAGGUCAGAUACAAGAAUGACUUUGUCUGGAACACUUCUUCUUGCAUGGAGGGAUUUUGAUGUAAGGUAAAGGUAAAGGUCUUGUUUAUAAUAGUGUCACCCCUAUUGAAAGGGCCAGCCAAUUUGGCUUAUGAGACACCUUUAUAGUGCGUACCAAUUACCUCCCAACUUCUACCACUAUGACAGGCGCCAGGCGGAUAGAAGUCGGUAGCCAUUCAUUUAACUAGCUCGCGGCUCACGAACCGGCCUUUUCGGAACGAGUCCCAUGACAAACAUCCCUUGGACGAACGGUCCCCAUGGGGCUCGAACCUUCGACCUCCCGCUCCCGAGGCGGACGCCUUAACCACUGGGCCACGGUGAGCGGUAACUUGGCAUAAAUGUUCACUAUCAUGAGACAGAUUGUUGUGCGCAAGAACCAGGUCCCUAGGUCUAAGGUCAAGGUCACACUAAGAGGUCAGAUGCCAAGUUCAAGAAUGACUUUGUCCGGAGCAUUUCGUCUUUAUGCAUUGAUGCAUGGAUUUUGAUGUAACUUGGCACAAAUGUUCACCACCAUGAGGCACUCUUGUUUUUUAGAGUCUUUUUCCUUUGUUAUUAAUAUAAAUAGCCUUUAUUGUAACUUAUUACAGGCCGUAGGGAAAAAUCGAGACCAGUUUUCUAUGGUACAACAUGCCUGUUACAUCCAAUUUUUAGGUGUAUUUUGACCUCUACCUGGUAAAGAGUUUUGUGUGGACUUAUAUGGACUUUUUUGCUAUAAAUAACGUUACCUUUUUGAUAAUCGGCCAAAAAUGCUAUAUGAAAACAACUAUAGGGUUUUAUAUAUACAAAUUUUAAUCCAAGUCUUUUGUUUAUAGCAUUCUGUAUAUAUAGUACAAUAUUGUUUAUACAUCAUUGACAGAUAUCAGUUCAUUAUGCUAUACUGCAGUAGAGAAAAUUAGGUGCCUUCCAGUAGGGGACUUUGUAUUGCAUGGCAAUACUUCAUUCACUUGUUUAUUUAUGUACUGUUCGGAGGGCAACGUCAUUACUAUUGAACGUUUUAUACAGAUGCACUUUAUUUCCAUUGUUUACUUAUUUUCAUCAUAUUUUUACCUGUAAUACAGUAACUUUAACUCAAUUGGAGGGAAUUUAAUAUGUCUUUACACCGAGCAGACGAAUCAUAAUCUUUUCUUGAAUAUAUAAAGUAAUUGCUUUUGCCUACUUAUUUGUUUUUUAUAUUUGUAAAAUGUAUGGCUUAAAAUCCAACGAAGGAAAUUUGAAGUAACUUACCAUAACUCUUUUUUUAAUAAAUACAGAAUUAUCUCCUAUAUUAUACUUACGAGUAGUGAUCAAAAUAUUUCAUUAGUAUUAUUUAUUAACGUCAAAACCUUUUUAAACGAGACUUUUGUUGGAGGCAUCAUCCAGGAGCACAAGUUCAAAAAUAUUGGAAAUAUUUAAAUGAAACAGGUACCGUUUAGGGGAUGUACAAUGCAUAAGGACCGUAACUCUAUCAUGUUGACACCCAUUUUUGUACUUACAUUUUCUUUAGAAUUACUGGAGAGAUUCCUUUGAAAAUGUUAUGUAGAAAGAUAUUUAUGUGAGAGAAUGCUGUGCACAAUUACUUUAACUCUCAUGUCCAAUACUUAAGAAGAAAUUUCCCUUUUGUGUUUUUUUUUUCGGAGCAUGACUGUCAUAAACCAGGAAGUAUCAGUGUAACUUGAACUGUAACUGUACAAGCAGAUUAGUACAAGUGCGAUGGAAUAAGAACAAUGACUAUAUUAUGGAGGUUUUUCAAGAUAUCUCCCUUUUUGUGCGUUUUAUUCCUUGCACGAAGUAUUAUAACCCCAAAGGUUUUAAUUAUAUUUCAGAGAAACUUAAAAUAUAGAUAUCUUAGAAUUACAGGGAUUCAAGUGUACGGAACUAUUGGUCUAAUUGGUUAUUUUACUUUUUGGUGCUUAAUGUUUCCUUAUCCAUAGAAUAUCUUUUAAGUAUUGAAGAGUUUUCAUUUAAAAUCUAGUAUAGAUUGAUUCGAAGAUCAAGAACAAAAACUUUAUUUUUGAUAAUUUUAAAUGAUGUUCCCCUUUCAUAUUUUUUUCAUUGUCGCUGUCCGUCGUACAGUACUCAAGUAUGUUCAGAUUAUUUCCUUUUAUACUUUUAUUCCUUGCCGUUGUCCACUACAACUGAAUACUCAUGCUAAUACUUUCAAAUUAUCUUCAUUUUUGUACUUAAGAUUUAUUUCUUGUCGUUAUCCGUCGCAAAUUACUUUAGUACUUCCCUUUUGUACUUUUAUUCCUCGUCGAUGUCCAACAUAAAAAUAAUCAAGUACUGAAGAUAUUUCUAUAAAACCCGCCCUCUUAGCUCAGUAGGGAGAUCGUUGGUCUACGGAUCGCGGGGUCGCGAGUUCGAUCCUCGGGCGGGGUGUAUGUUCUCCGUGACGAUUUGAUAAAAGACACUGUGUCUGAAAUCAUUCAUCCUCCACCUCUGGUUAUUCAUGUGGGGAAGUUUGCAGUUUCUUGCGGAGGACAGGUUUGUACUGGUACAGAAUCCAGGAAAACUGGUUAGGUUAACUGCCCGCCGUUACAUAACUGAAAUACUGCUGAAAAACGGCCUUAAACCCAAAACAAACAAACGAAUAUUUCUAUAAAAUUUAGACUCGCAUAUUUAUGUAUCAGUGAAAUUAAGUACAUAUUCCUGGAAUAGUUUACAAGUUCUCUUCGUUUUGUAACUUUUUUAAAGCACUGAUGAGAAUAUAUAAAGAUUUUCGCCCCAAUAACAGAUGGGAAUGAGAAGACGUGCAUAUAAUGUCAAUAUUUCCAUUAAUUAUUAUUUGUUGCAGUUUUCAAAAUAAUUGCAUCGGACAAUGUGUAUAGUCAUUUCACAAAGUCUUGUUGGGGAUCAUUCAUCAGAUUCACAUUUUUGAGCAAACGAACUACCUUUUUUUAAACUAAAAGAGUGUUAAAGAUUCUUAUCACAAUUAUUUCUAGGGGACAGAUUUUUCUAUAACUUUGCAUAUUUAUAGAUUGAUGUAUAUCAAGUUAAAAUAAAAAAUAAAAAAGAUAGGUACCCGUGCUUCUUUUUUUCAAUAUUCAAUUUUUAUUAAGAACACCAAAUUGGUAUUUUGUCUGAAGAAACAAUACAUACAAUGUCAUAAUAAAACAAGUGCAAACAGUUGUUUACUUAAAAAUUCACUCUGUUGUUACUGUUUUUGCAUCACAAUUAAUGAAACCACUUUAACUAUGCAUAAAAUAU